CCUGCGACGCGGGCGGCAGGCAGCGCGGUGCUGGGCCGGCGGGUCGCCCGGUCGGGGUCCUCGCGGGUCCUCGGCGGCCCGGGGGAGGGCCCUCUUUGUGGCUGCAGUUGGCAAGAUGGCGCCGGUGGGGGUGGAGAAGAAGCUACUGCUGGGCACCAACGGGCCUGCGGUGGCGGCCGCCGGCGACAUGACCAGUGAGGAAGAGGAGGGCCAGAGUCUAUGGUCUUCUAUCCUGAGCGAAGUGUCCACCCGCGCCAGGUCCAAGCUGCCGUCCGGCAAGAAUAUCCUGGUCUUCGGUGAAGAUGGUUCUGGUAAAACAACACUCAUGACUAAACUACAAGGAGCUGAGCAUGGCAAAAAAGGAAGAGGCCUAGAGUAUCUCUACCUCAGCAUCCAUGAUGAAGACCGAGAUGAUCACACACGUUGCAAUGUGUGGAUUCUGGAUGGAGACCUGUACCACAAAGGCCUGCUAAAGUUUGCCGUUUCUGCUGAAUCCUUGCCAGAGACCCUAGUCAUUUUUGUUGCAGACAUGUCUAGGCCUUGGACUGUGAUGGAAUCUGUACAGAAAUGGGCUAGUGUUUUACGUGAGCACAUUGAUAAAAUGAAAAUUCCGCCAGAAGAAAUGAGGGAGCUGGAACGGAAGUUUGUGAAAGAUUUUCAAGACUAUGUCGAGCCUGAAGAUGGUUGUCAAGGUUCCCCACAGAGAAGAGGGCCUCUGACCUCAGGCUUGGAUGAAGAAAAUGUUGCCCUGCCUCUGGGCGACAACGUGCUGACUCAUAACCUGGGGAUCCCAGUGUUGGUGGUGUGCACAAAGUGUGAUGCAGUGAGUGUCCUGGAGAAGGAGCACGAUUAUAGGGACGAGCACUUGGACUUCAUCCAGUCGCACCUGCGGAGGUUCUGUCUCCAGUAUGGAGCUGCCUUGAUUUACACAUCAGUGAAGGAAGAGAAAAACCUCGACUUGUUGUAUAAGUACAUUGUUCAUAAAACAUACGGUUUCCACUUCACCACACCUGCCUUAGUUGUGGAGAAGGAUGCAGUUUUUAUACCUGCAGGCUGGGACAAUGAAAAGAAAAUAGCUAUUUUACAUGAAAAUUUCACAACUGUGAAGCCAGAAGAUGCAUAUGAAGACUUUAUUGUGAAACCUCCUGUGAGAAAGCUGGUGCAUGACAAAGAGUUGGCAGCAGAGGAUGAGCAGGUGUUCCUAAUGAAGCAACAGUCACUCCUUGCAAAGCAGCCAGCCACGCCCACAAGAGCCUCCGAAUCCCCUGCAAGAGGACCCUCUGGCUCUCCAAGGACCCAGGGCCGGGGAGGCCCAGCCAGUGUGCCCAGUGCCUCUCCAGGCACGUCGGUAAAGAAGCCAGACCCAAACAUGAAAAAUAAUGCAGCAAGUGAAGGGGUGUUGGCCAGCUUCUUCAACAGUCUGUUGAGUAAAAAAACAGGCUCUCCUGGGAGUCCUGGUGCUGGUGGGGUACAGAGCACCACCAAGAAGUCAGGACAAAAGACUGUGUUGUCAAAUGUUCAAGAAGAACUGGAUAGAAUGACUCGAAAACCAGACUCCAUGGUAACAAACUCUUCAACAGAAAAUGAAGCCUGAUCCUCCUUAAAAAGGGCAUAUGUCAAAUGACCAAAUAACUAUGUAUAUUGAUCUGCUAAGACCAGGAUUUUUCUGAUAUGGCACAUGCUAUCAGUUUUUUGGGGCAGGGGAGAUGAACUUUAAAAAAAUACUUCAUUGGCUUGUCCGAGUAUGAAAUGCACAUUUAGGAAGGUUACAUGUCAGACUCCUUUGUUAGGGAUAACCCUUGGACUCUUGGGCAUGUAGCUCUCUCGUAGGAAGUGAGCAUAGCUGGGCUUCUUGUGGAGGGGAAGGUAGAGCCAGAGAAAGAGAGCCCACUUUCUAUCAAUGUGGAGCAAAUGAGACCAGGAAAUCAUUGAUCAGAUGGUGGUUAGUCUGACCAUUUGGGUGUUAGCAAAUUCACUUGUUCUUGGGAAGCAGAUUAAGUAGCAGAAAGCCAGGAAAGAGAAAGACUAAAAAGAGGAAUGAGAGAAGUGAUGAUGGGAAAGCUGAACGUUGAGGGAGGUGGAGGAAGGAGGAGAUGAGCAGUGUUAGUAAAUACUGUAUGUUCAGUAGAAGUUGAAGAAUCAUUGUUUAAGACUUAAAAUUAGAAGCAUUUCCAAACUAAACACUAAGCAAAAUGGGAAUUAAACUUGUUCUGAAUGCAUUUUUACUUAUGAAAGAUGUGUUUAAGUGUGGGGGUACCUGAGUCAGGUGGAGCUGACACAGGAGUGGGAAAGAUGGCAGCUGUCUAGAAGCCAUGUACUUAGCCCAGAUCAUAUCCUCAUGGGAGGUGCUGGGCUCUGUGCAUGUGCAUGUGCAUUGUGGGGCAGACAGUCGCUGUGGGAUGUGUUCAAAGUUAGCAGUUACAAAAUUAGUUUGCUUUGAAUUGUGUUUUCUAAAUAGCUCCUUUGUUUUUUAAAUUAAUUUUUUUUUUUAACUACCACAGGCUGGCCUACUAAUAGAAAAUGGGUGAUUGACCUCUCAUUUUACAAUAAUGCAAUGUGCUACAGAAAGUUUGGGGGAGGUUUUAAAUGUAAUUGCACUCUGGUUAAUUGGCUUGCACAAAUCCCUGCCUUACAGUCUGUGGAAACCUUCACGGAGCUCCACUGAUACAAAAGGGUCUUGUCCUAGCUUCCCGGUCUGAUCAGUGCUAUCAGAUGGACAAAUAAGUGUGAAUGUUUUAUAUUGAACAUAGCAAUGAUACAUUUCUCUUGUUUUAUGUUUUUCAUAAAAUGUAGCCUUUUUUUUCCUUAGGGAAAUAAGAGUAUCAGAUGUCUCCCCAUUUAGGGCAAAUUCAUGCACAUUGUCAUGUCACACCACCAUUCUGGAAAUGACUUCUUUGGAUUUGAAGUGGCACUUUUAAUUUUAUACAUGACACAGCAUUCAAGUGCAAACACUACCAUGAAUUUAAUGUAUAAAAACAUUUGUUGUCGAACCAAGGGAAAAAAACCACAGUUCACUUAUGUGGAGUUUACUUUUUUUAUAUGAAUGUUUGUUGUACUGUGUCUGAACAUAACUUCCCUAAUGUCAUUACUUUUACAUACCAGAUUUGACUGACCACUAAUGUAGUACUGGGCUUAAUUUAAUAUCCUAUGUUAUAUAACAAGACUCUUAAGAUGGUCUUGAAUUGCUUUUGUAAAGGUCUGAACACUGUUAAGGAGAAAGCUGACUAUUUAUUUGCCUUUCAGACAAAAACAUUUUUCUUGUGCCAGUUUUAUUAUUGAAAUAUACUAUAUUUUCCUUUUUUAAUUAAUUUUUUUUUUAAAUGUCUUGUGGCUUCCAAUUACCAGGUUGUCUAGGUAAUGAUGGUAAACUGACUGGAAUGAUAGUUGUGGUGUAGUGACCAUAGAUGCCAAACAGCUUGUGGCAACACUAAAGGUGGGGGUCACUUAAUCCAUCUAUAGCAGCUGGAGGCAAAAUGAAUGACCUCAGAAAUGAGGGAAUUUUUGGAAAGGCACAUGCCAAGAGGGAUAUAGUGUGAUUUUUAAUUUUAAUGUAAAAUUUUAGUUUUUUAUUUUUUAUCAUUUGAACUGAUAAGCACUUUUUGUGUCAACAUAAGACAUACUAAAACUGAUGAAAUGCUGAGAUACCUGUCUUGUGAAGGAAGGUUUUUUGGAAACCGCUUUUAGUUUCUUAUGACAAGUGGUUGCUCCUACUAUCAGAAGAAACUGAUGUGUAGUGUCAUGUGCUCAGUAGUUGCCAAAGUCUACCAACUUUGGGGAGCUGCAGGGUUCUUUUGGGGGGAUGGGAGGAAAGGAGAUGAUUUUUGUUUUUUGGGGUUUUCAAGCAUUGGAACCAAAGGCCAAAUAAUAAACAUCCUUUACUUUUUAAAGUAAAAUUCAUUUUAUUUGCAGAAUACACUUAUAUGGUAGACUGCUAAAGACAGUUUUAUGACUAUACAGAUAGUGGUUACAUCUGCUGGUUGUCUUUAAAAUGGAAAAAUCAAAGAAAAAUAAGCCCAACCUUGAAGAUGUGGCCAAGAUAAAGGCCAUGACUUGGUCUUUCCUAAAAAUGCAACAGGUAUGCUGCUAGACUGUUUUAUUUUGUUUGCACUUUUUUUUUUGAUUGGCGUUUUAAAAUCAGUAUUUAAACUGAAGACAUUGUCGUGUUUUAUUAAUUUAACGAAGUUAAAAGUGACUGCUCUGUUCAUCAUGACCUUAACAAUGUUGAUGCUGUAAGUGAACGUUCACUGUUGUCUAUAUACUGAGUUUAUUGGUAUUUUUACCUUAAAAUUAGGACUGCAGAUUAUCCCCCACCAGUCUUAGUCCAGGGUAUGGCUCUAUUCAGGUGCAGUAUGCAGUCAUGUGGAACCUUGCUUUCUAGUGCUGGGAAAAAAAGAUGUCUCUAAUUACUGGCUUCAAUAAACAUGAAUCCAGACUGCUUACAA